AUGGUAGUCUUUGAUAUUUGGUUCAGUGAAUUUGGGGUUGAUGGUGGACCAGCGGCCAAGACCCUGAAACCGAAGUUCAACAUCUUCUUGAAGCAUGCGACUGAUCAUACUGGUUUGAAAGUGUCAGAUGUUGAAAUCAAACAUUUAAUUGCAGCUUCAAUUGUUAUAAAUGGAUUGGGAAGCUUUCUUUUCAUCUUUGGGAGUUCAAUUGGAGCCUAUUUACUUGGUCUGUAUUUAGUUCUGUUUCAGCUUCUUCACAAAUUGAUAGCCACUCCAAUCUUGUACGACUUCUACAACUACAAUGAUGACAGAAAAGAAUAUGGUCAACUUUUUGUUAAGUUUACACAGAGUCUGGCAUUGUUUGGGGUAAUACUGUUCUUCAUCGGUAUGAAUAAAAGAUCUUCAUCACUCUCUGUUCUUCCCAUUUCGUGA